AUGUCCCUGCAGCUGGUCCUCCUGCUGACGGUUGGUGCAUGGAGGAUGGGGCCUGGAGCCGCCCUGUGUCUUUUUCUCUCCCUCUUUUGUCUCCUGCCUGCCACCAAGGCCCAGACGAAGAUCCCGCUGGAGACGGUGAAGUCUUGGGCAGAUACCUUUGGUGGGGAGCUGUACUCCAUUGUGACUAAGUAUUCAGGCUCUCUCCUAUUACAAAAGAAAUACAAAGACGUGGAGCCAACUCUGAAGAUUAAAGAGGUGGAUGGCUUGGAGCUGGUGAAGAAGUUCUCGGAGCAGAUGGAGAGCAUGCUCCGCAGGAAGGUUGAAGCCGUUGAGAGGCUGGUGGAGGCAGCAGAAGACGCAGAUCUGAACCAUGAGUACAACUCCUCACUGGAGUUUGAUUACUACAACUCUCUCUUGAUUAAUGAGAAGGAUGAGAAUGAUAAUUAUGUGGAACUUGGAGAUGAAUUUAUUUUGGAACCGAACGAGCAUUUCAAUAAUCUACUGGUGAAUACAACAUAUAGCGAUAUCCAGCUCCCCACUAAUGUCUACAACAAAGACCCUGACAUUCUGAAUGGAGUUUACAUGUCAGAAGCCUUGAAUCCUAUUUUUGUGGACAAUUUUGAAAGGGAUCCCACGCUGACCUGGCAGUACUUUGGCAGCUCCACUGGGUUCUUCAGGCUUUACCCAGGAAUAAAAUGGUUACCAGAUGAGAAUGGAGUCAUCUCCUUUGACUGCAGGAAUCGCGGCUGGUACAUUCAAGCAGCCACCUCUCCCAAAGACAUUGUAAUUAUUGUGGACGUCAGUGGGAGCAUGAAGGGCCUGCGGAUGACCAUAGCCAAACACACUAUCAUCACUAUUUUGGAUACCCUAGGAGAAAAUGACUUUGUCAAUAUCAUUGCAUACAAUGAUUAUGUUCAUUUUAUUGAGCCCUGUUUUAAGGGUACCCUGGUCCAGGCAGACAGAGAUAACAGAGAGCACUUUAAGCAGCUGGUGGACGAACUGCAGGCAAAAGGAGUGGGGACUGUGAACAAGGCCUUGACUGAGUCCUUCAAAAUCCUGCGGGAGUUCAGAGAUGCUGGCCAAGGAGGCUUGUGUAACCAAGCUAUCAUGCUAAUCACAGACGGAGCAGUGGAGGAUUAUGAAGCUGUGUUUGAAAAAUACAACUGGCCAGAUCGGAAGGUCCGGGUUUUCACUUACCUCAUUGGACGGGAGGUCACUUUUGCCCCCAACGUGAAAUGGAUCGCCUGCAACAACAAAGGCUACUACACUCAGAUAUCCACGCUGGCAGAUGUCCAGGAGAACGUGAUGGAGUACUUGCAUGUGCUCAGCCGUCCCAUGGUCAUCAACCAUGAUCAUGACAUUAUUUGGACUGAGGCCUACAUGGACAGUGCGCUCUUUGCAUCUCAAGCUCAAAGUCUGUUGCUCAUGACAACAGUGGCUAUGCCUGUCUUUAGCAAGAAGAACGAGACGCGAUCUCAUGGCAUUCUCCUGGGUGUGGUGGGCUCUGAUGUGCCACUGAGGGAGCUGUUAAAACUUGCACCACGGUAUAAGCUGGGUGUCCAUGGAUACGCUUUUCUGAACACUAACAAUGGCUACAUCCUUUCACACCCAGACCUCCGUCCUUUGUAUAAAGAAGGAAAGAAACUGAAACCUAAACCAAACUACAACAGUGUAGAUCUCUCAGAAGUGGAAUGGGAAGAUCAGGAUGAAAUACUGAGAACUGCCAUGAUCAAUGGGGAAACAGGCUACCUCUCUAUGGAUGUGAAGGUCCCUGUGGACAAAGGGAAACGAGUUCUCUUCCUCACCAAUGAUUAUUUCUUCACGGACAUCAGUGGCACUCCCUUCAGCCUGGGUGUUGUGCUGUCCAGGGGACAUGGGGAAUACAUCCUGCUGGGCAACACUUCCGUGGAAGAAGGCUUGCAUGACCUGCUCCAGCCAGAUUUGUCUUUAGCCAACGAAUGGAUUUACUGCAUCACAGACAUCGAUCCAGACCACCGGAAGCUCAGCCAGCUGGAGGCUGUGAUCCGUUUCCUCACCGGAGAGGAACCUGAUCUGGAAUGUGAUGAGGAGUUGGUCCAGGAAGUGCUGUUUGAUGCAGUGGUCACUGCACCCAUGGAGGCCUACUGGACAACACUUGCCCUCAAUAUGUCCACGGAGACUGAGGCAGGCGUUGAGAUGGCAUUUCUGGGCACUCGGGCUGGGCUCAUGAGGAAUGCCUUAUACGUGGGCUCUGAGAAACUUUCCAACAGGAAAUUCCUGACACGGAAGGACAAGGAAAGUAUCUUCACCAUGGACCACUUCCCUCUGUGGUAUCGUCGGGCAGCCGAACAUCCCCCUGGGAGCUUCAUCUACAGCAUCGUUUCAGAAGACGAUUCAGAGGGAAGUGGCCCACCAGAAGUGGUGACAGUGAGCACAGCUGUAGCUGUGUCUGUGGAUGGGAAGAUGGGUAUUGCUGCAGCGGUGGGUGUGCAAAUUAAGCUGGAAUUACUCCAACGCAAGUUUUGGAUGGCCAUGCAACAGUGCAGUGCCUUGGACGGUGCCUGUCCACUAAGCUGUCAGGAUGAUAUUCUGAAUUGCUUCCUCAUUGAUAAUAAUGGCUUUAUACUCGUUUCCAAAAGACCUGCAGAGACUGGAAAAUUUUUUGGUGCAGUGGAUGGCUCAGUAAUGACCCAACUGCUAAACAUGGGCAUGUUCAAGCGGGUGACAAUGUAUGAUUAUCAAGCAAUGUGUAAAAUGCCCUACCACCACCACAGCGGAGCCCGGCCCCUGCUCAGCCCAAUUUAUGCCUUUCUAGCUGCAGUGAAAUGGCUGAUAAAUGAUUUCCUCAUCUUCCUUUUGGAGUUUAACAUGAGUAGCUUCUGGCAGUCAGACAACCUGGCAGAUGCCAAGGCUGUCUUCCAUCACUCUCACAAGCAUAAGAAGCACGACACCUUGCAGCCCUGUGACACGGAGUACCCUGUCUUCGUGUAUGAGCCAGCCAUCAAGGAGACAAACGGGCUGAUUGAGUGCGGAGAUUGCCAAAAGAUGUUUGUGGCACAGCAGAUUUCCAGCAGUAACCUGCUGCUCCUUGUCAUGGAUGCCACCUGCGACUGCAGCAUCUUCCCACCUGUCCUGCUGGAUGCAAAAGAAGUCAAAUAUAACGCGUCAGUGAAGUGUGACCGGAUGCGCUCGCAAAAGCUGAGGCGGCGACCGGACACCUGCCACGCGUUUCACCCCGAGGAAAACGCCCAAGACUGUGGCCGCGCUGCUGAGAUCUCAGUCUCACGAACAUUGCUCCUACUGCCCCUGGCGCUGCUCCUGCGGUGACACUGUCUGCAACGCCUUACGCAGCAGAGACAUGGGGAAGGAUGGGCGACUUCCGUUUCCAGCAGCUGGCCGGCCACAGGGUUGGAGCUGUGGGAGGAAGGACACUGUGGUGCGGGCCUUUCUGUGACUCCCUCCGUGACUCCUGGGGGAGAUGAGGCACUAAAGAUGCAGCACAGCAUGUUCUGCAUCCUUCCCAACAAGCCCUUGUCCAGCUUGGUGCCGACAUUGGAAACAGUUCCCUCUACAAGAGUCCGCAGCCCAAGGCCUGGCCACAGUGGUGUGGGGACCAGCGGGGUCGGCUCUGUACACCACAUUCCUGAGCUGCUCCCAGCCUGCUGGCUUAUAGCAGAAGAGACAGAGGUCAAGGACAUGGCUGACGCAUGUAGGUUUGACCCACACAUACCUUGCAUUUUGCUGCUGCUCCUGCUAGGAACAGCAGAGCCCAUGCAGAUGCCCUGGGGACUUUACUGUGGCCGUGCCUCUUUCAGAGCCACACUGGGUACCCCAUGAAGGCAGAGGGCUCUGCUCAGCCAGCAGAGGAGGGCGGGAUGGAUAGGAAACUUUGUCUACCUGUUGCUCUGUAAGAGCCAGGAUUUUGAGCACCAUGGACCGGGACAGCCGAGGCACAGCCAUACCAGAGCAGGACCUGCACGGGUCCUCAGCAGGGAGGCAAAGCCUCCUGGUCUUGGGGGUGUUUGGUGGUCAGACCCCAGGGACAGGACAUGACGCCUAACCUGAAUUGCACUAACGUAACAUGCAUAUGGACCAUGGGAAGUAGCACAGCUUGACUAGUUAGCUGCAGCUACGCAAGCUCUGCUAAGGCAGAUGUGGUCUCCAGCACAGACCUUGCCUAACACUGCUAGAACAGCAUCCAGGUUCUUGCCUAUAUGUAGGCUUCUGUGUAGGGAGGGGUUAUGUAUGACCCACCAAAAGAGGGGGUAGGUUCUCUGCUGCCUGCUAGUUUCACUGCAUAAGCAGCUAAGAAACAGGCACUUUUUCCCUCAGAGCUGCACUGCCUGGCUUACUGAAG